AUAGCUGCCUCGGUUACUCAAGCUGUCGUGGCCCUAAAGUGUGGGCAGCUGGACACAGCCAACGUCAACAUAAACAAAAGCACGUGGCAGGUCGUCUCUAUGUUGCACCACGCGCCGCCCCACCUGAGGCUAGACUUGCCGGCCAUUGUAGGAUGGGCAUCGCUGGCUCACUUGAAGCUCCACGCUCCACCACCCAUCCUCCCUCACGCCCACGCUCGUACACCUGCAGCUCACGCCCCACCACCCACCCUCCCUCACGCCCACGCUCGUACACCUGCAGCUCACGCCCCACCACUCACCCUCCCUCACGCCCACGCUCGUACACCUGCAGCUCACGCCCCACCACCCACCCUCCCUCACGCCCACGCUCGUACACCUGCAGCUCACGCCCACGCUCCUCCUGCCCCAGGGAUGGGGCGCGGCGUUGGGAGCGCUGGGUUUCGUGACCAGGUGGUAGGGCUGGGCUAUCUGUGGGAGACGUGGACGGAGGCGGAGCAGGUGGUGGUGGUGUACUCCCUCAUCAGGCGGCUCAGUCCAAUCCCUGCAAGAUUCCUCCUGAAUGUGCUCACCCACACCACCGCGCCCGACGCCGCCGACCUUGCCCCAGCCGAGGCCACUGCCAAUGACCCAGCGUGGGUGAGUCAGAUUCCCGAAGCGAAGGAUGGCGGGGCGUGUGAUCUUCUGCACCACCUCCCUCUCCUCAGGCCUUCCAACACGGAGGCCAAGCUCCAGUACCUCUCCAUCAUACCCAAGGUAUUGGCACAUGCAGUUACAUCAGCAGGGACUCAGCCAGCAGCACUGGAAAAUGCUCGUCAAUUACUCAGUUACUCCCUCAUCCACCCAGCCAUCACUGCAGAGGAGCGGCGGGCUCUCACCCAUUGGCUACGAGCGCUUGAAGACAGAUUGGCAGACCUCCGAAGACGACCUCCCAACCAACGAGAAGGUUUCAGUAGCAACAACAGUGCAACCUCAGGGAACAGUUUGGCAACAGGGAAGUCCAGAUGGAAUGAUCCACCUCUUGGGCCACCUCCAGACACUGGCCAGGACAGAACGUUGAGCUCUCCUUCCCUGGCUGCUUGGGAUAGGACGUUGAGCUCUCCUUCCCUGGCUGCUUGGGAUGAUGUAGGUUGGUGUAGUGGAGCAGCUGCAGUAGGUGGAGCUCCUGGUGAGGCUCCUCAGUCUCCCAACAACUCGGCCACAUCCUCACGCUCUUCAGGUUGUGAUUCCAACCCAGAAGAACCUUGCCAGCCACAUCCCGGCAUGAGAGAUGUUGGCGUGUGGCUUAAGUCUCUUCGUCUGCACAAAUACUCACCAUUGCUCUGUAGUUUAACUUACGAUGAGCUGUUGGCACUAGAUGAGGGAACGCUGGAGAGUCAGGGUGUUACCAAAGGAGCACGGCACAAAAUUGUUUUGUCUAUUAAUAAACUAAAGGAACGUCACAAGCAGUUAGUUCAGAUUGAAAAGGAAGUGAUGAAUGGUGGUCACCUACUAUCUUGCCUCAACGAACUCAAAUCGAUAAUCCUCACUCCUUUCCCACCUUACAAUCCUCCAAGUGAAUCCACUGAACCCUCCCAACAACUACAGCAGCCUCCUCCCACCUCCUCUCCUCCAGCGGCAGCCUCAACACCUCCAGCCUCCACCAUGUCUUCCUCCACUACAAAUUCCACCUUCUCUCCAUCUUUUUCCACUUCAUCUGCAACAACCACCACUGCCUCAUCAGCCUCUUCACUAUCAACUUCCACUUCCUCAUCUGCUUGCUCUCUGAGAGGAGAAGAUAGAGAACUUAUGAAAGAAGAUAGACUCGACGCUCCGAGGGCUACAAUGGAGGCAGACAGCGGCAACACCAUCGCCGAGAACGACCUUCCUUCACAGUUUACACGGGUUAUGGGAAAAGUAUGUACGCAGUUGUUGGUUAGUGUGAGACCAGAAGAUGAGUGUGUUACUGCUUUCUUAGGGUUAGUAGAAAAGUGUGUCAACCACGAGGCAUUUACCCCAACUCAAGCACGGAGAUUACAAUCCUGGAAACAACAGAUUAUCCGUGUUUGGCAUCCUCUUCCACCUAAAACAAAAGACAGUCGCCACAAUCGCAGAUGGAGUCAGCAAUACAGUGGUGAUGGAUUCCUUGGGGGAUCCUUCAGGGUUCCUAGGGUUGGUGGCCAGCGUCACACUCACAUACCAGCAGGGCUCCUCGUAGGGGGUAAGGGCUUCCCUGCACCCCAGCCACAUCCGCUCUUCCCUUUACCACCUGCUGCAGCUGCGGCUGUUAGUCUUGGUGGGCUGAUGAGUCCACGUAAUAGUUUACCUGGCCUGCCCUCACUUGGUGUAGGAGGGCUGCUGUCUCCACAACAGUUCCUUGCCAAACGACCUUCACUUCAAGAGACUCCUUCUGAGUUGAGACCACACAUCACUUUACAGCGAACAAGAUCAGCACCAUCCCGUCCGCAUCAGUUACCACUGACUGGUGCUGCUCGUUCUGUUGCUGCUCCAACCACGUCUUCGUCUCUUACCCCAGUGAGCAGCGGCUGUGGAGAACUACGUAUUUCUGGGAGUUCAGGGGCUUCAGGACUAGUGAUGGAACCUCAUUUUUCACCUGCAACAUCGUACUCUCACUUGGGAGCUCCUCCAUCAUCUCCAGAUCCAGCAGAUAAUGAUAUUACAGACCGUUUGGAGUCACUCUGUCUCUCUGUCACUGAACAUGCUCUGGGUUAAAUUUACAUCUGAUACUACCACUUACAGUAGUUCUCCAUCCACAUCGUAUCUAUGCUAAAAAGGUUAAGCAGAUAAAGGUAAAAAUCGGUAAAUAAAUAAACAUAUACAGUAUACUGUUUUAUAUAUAUAUAUAUAUAUAUAUAUAUAUAUAU